UCUGCCAGAACGAGGCGGGGCAGUGAGGACUCUGCGACGCGUCCGCACCCUGCGGCCAGAGCGGCUUUGAGCUCGGCUGCGGCCGCGCUAGGCGCUUUUUCCCAGAAGCAAUCCAGUCGCGCCCGCUGGUUCUUGAGCGCCAGGAAAAGCCCGGAGCUAACGACCGGCCGCUCGGCCAUUGCACGGGGCCCCAAGCCGCAGAAGGACGGCGGGAGGGUAAUGAAGCUGAGCCCAGCUCUCCUAGGAAGGGGAGAGUGUGCCGGAGCAGCGUGGGAAAGAAGGGAGGAGUGUCGUUAAGUUUACGGCCAACGGUGGAUUAUCCGGGCCGCUGCGCGUCUGGGGGCUGCGGAAUGCGCGAGGAGAACAAGGGCAUGCCCAGUGGGGGCGGCAGCGAUGAGGGCCUGGCCAGCGCCGCGGCGCGGGGACUAGUGGAGAAGGUGCGACAGCUCCUGGAAGCCGGCGCGGAUCCCAACGGAGUCAACCGCUUCGGGAGGCGCGCGAUCCAGGUCAUGAUGAUGGGCAGCGCCCGCGUGGCGGAGCUGCUGCUGCUCCACGGCGCGGAGCCCAACUGCGCAGACCCCGCCACUCUCACCCGACCGGUGCAUGAUGCUGCCCGGGAGGGCUUCCUGGACACGCUGGUGGUGCUGCACAGGGCCGGGGCGCGGCUGGACGUGCGCGAUGCCUGGGGUCGUCUGCCCGUGGACCUUGCCGAGGAGCGGGGCCACCGCGACGUUGCAGGGUACCUGCGCGCGGCCACGGGGGACUGACGCCAGGUUCCGCAGCCGCCCACAACGACUUUAUUUUCUUACCCAAUUUCCCACCCCCACCCACCUAAUUCGGUGAAGGCUGCCAACGGGGAGCGGCGGAAAGCCUUAAGCCUGCAAGCCUGUCUGAGACUCACAGGAAGGAGGAGCCGACCGGGAAUAACCUUCCAUACAUUUUUUUUCUUUGUCUUAUCUGGCCCUCGACACUCACCAUGAAGCGAAACACGGAGAAUCAGAUUUCCAGGGAUAUUUCGGAGUGUGUGACAUUCCAGGGGUCGUUUGCUUUUCAGGGUUUUCUGAGGGAAAGUGCAUAUGAAAUCCUUGACCGGCCCUGGUGGCUACGAAUCUUCCGAUGGAUGAAUCUCCCACUCCAGCGCUGAGUGGGAGAAGGCAGUGAUUAGCACUUGGGUGGGGGCAGUCGAUGCGUUCACUCCACUGUCUGCUGAGGAGUUAUGGUGAACCCACAACUUAGGCCCUGGCAGCAGAAAGGAAAACCUGAAGACUGAGGACAAAGUGGACGAGGGCCGAGGUGGGCUUCAGUAAGGGCCCGGCGGCGUUUUAGUUUGGGCGCAUGGCAAGUCACAUGCGAAACGACACUCUGGAAGCCCUGGAGACCCGCGCCCAACUCCACCAGAUAGCAGAGGGGUAAGACAGGAUGUGCAAGCGACGACAGAUGCUAAAAUCCCUGGAUCACGACGCUGCAGAGUACCUAUGCACAGGGUGCUGGCCUUUGCUCUUACUACACUGAGGAGAGAUUCCCGCGGGUUCCGGAGGCAGACUACACAGGAUGAGGUGGUGGAGGGCGUGAGAGCAAUUGUAACGGUUAACUGUAACGUUUUCUUUCAUACACACACACACACACACACACACACGCACACACACGCACACGCACACACACAUGCUAGGAUGCGGAAAUCCCCUUAUGACUUGCUACUUUUUGAUUUUGUGAUAUUUUGUACUUUUUAGUUGUUCAGCAACUGUCUUAUUUAAUGGGGAGAUUUUAAGUAAUAUUAUAACUAGUGGCUCUCAGUUAAAAUGUGAGGAAGAACUACAGCUCUUAAAUGUAGCAAUAGCACUGUUGCAAAUUCAGUGCAAACGCCUAGAUUGCUUGCUUCUUAACCUAUUUAUUUCUUUGUUAAAUUUUUCUGAUUGUUUCUUUUAUAGAGUGUCUCAGGGUGCAGAGGUCAGACUAAGAAAUAUUCCAAAUGUCUUUUAGAAGAUAGAUGCACUUAUGCAGUAAAUUGUCUUGGGAUAUUUCCCAAAAGAUUGCUGAAAAAAUAGAUUGAGUAUAAAAACUUGAAAAUAUAUGAUGGCUCGUGGGACGUCCUACUGUCACUGAACAAACUAAAGGUGCACUGCUUUGGGAUUUAAUUUCCAGGAUUGCUUGAUCAUUAUAUCAUUGGAACAACUGAUACUUCACUGCUUUAAUAAAGAAUUAACAGAGAUUGAA